UUGACAGGCGAAGGCGUGUCUGCAGUGCGCCGCCAGCCAAUGGAUGGCGCCAGUAGGCGGGAACGUGGACGUGCUUUCAUCCAUAUUCAUCGCAGUGCCUCGACCGCUUUUGCUGGUAGUCGUUGUCGAAUAUUCUGUCUCGUAGUGCGAGUGAAGCAAGAUCAGUCGUCACUCGGGGCCCCCAUCGAAGUAUCGCGCGGUCUCCGUGAUACCAAAACAAAGCGAACUUUUCCUUUUUUUAUUUAUUUAUUUUCCCCUUCUUUCGUAGACCCGGUGUGCCCCACUCAACCGCCACCACGUUGAAUUUCACAGAGUUCGGGGGCCCCUACCCCAGCAUGGCUGGUGCAUCGGACGGCCUGGAUCAAGACGGGACCAACAAGUCAGCUUUCAUGGAGAUUCAACAGCAGGGCCUGGCCGGGAUGCCCCAUCAUGCACAGGCCUACCCUAUACGAUCCAGCUACUCGGCACAGCCUUCGCAACAUGAGGCUGUGUUCGCCUCAGCCCACAAUCCUCGGCCCCUGGGCCCUAACCCUUUUCCCAUGAACUACCCGCUCAACAGCUAUUCGCACCCGGGACACCCUUAUUUGAGCACCUACCCGCCCAAUGUGCCCGGAUGCCCGCCCUGUCCGUCACCCCCCAGGGACGCCACAUCGUCACUAGUUGCCCUCCAGAGCCGCAUGAUGGGUAGUGCACCAUACAAGUACAACUCCCGGUCUAUAAAAGAUGAACCGCAAUGGGAUCUUGGUUACUAUGACAUGGGUGUAGAUAAAUCUCAGUUGGAGGAGACGUUGAGAGUGAACGGGAAAGGCAAGAAAAUGCGGAAACCUCGCACAAUCUAUUCCAGUCUCCAGUUGCAACAGCUGAACAGGAGGUUUCAAAGGACUCAGUACCUCGCCCUACCCGAGCGAGCGGAGCUUGCGGCCUCUUUAGGCCUCACCCAAACGCAGGUGAAAAUCUGGUUCCAAAACCGUCGAUCCAAGUACAAGAAAAUGCUGAAAGCCCAGCAUCAACAACAGAAUAGCCAACAGCCGAACCAACAAACGGCGGGAAGCACGCCGAACAUGCCGCAGCAGCCGCCGAACCCUGUGUCGACGCCGCAGACCCCACCCGAGUCCCAUGACGCUCACAGCCCUCCGUCAGUCGGCCUUCUGCCUCCGCCACCCUCGGCUCAGGGCAUGCCGAACGCUACCGUCAGUCCCCCGGCCAUGAGCCCGCCCAUCUCCUCGUGGGACAUGGCCUCGUCCAAAGCGGCCGCCAUGAACGUCACGAACAAUUACAUCCCCCAGUACUCCUGGUAUCAUCAGACGGACCCCUCUAUGAAUCAACAAAUUCUCACCUAAGAAAA